UUUUAAUUUUUGUGGUUAUUAUGACAUGUUAUUGUUUUUAAUAUUGUUUAAUAUCUCUUUUUAGUAAUUUGAAUUUGAAUUUGUAUAAUUGUUGCAAAUCUGUAAAAUUAGGUACCUCUAUUAUCUAUGAUUCUCUAUUACUAAUACUCUCUAAAAGUAAAACUGUUUUACAUUUAAAAUGGUCCCAGAGAAAUAUCUACAGAAGGUGAUACUUUCAUCUGAUGUUUACGCUAUCUGCAUUCAGCAUGCCCUUACAACUGAAAAACAAGAAAUUAUGGGCCUGCUUAUAGGAGAAAUUGACGAAGUAAAAUGUAUAUCUAAUAUAUCAGCCUGCAUGAUUCUCCAUCGAAGCGAUAAACAACCUGAUCGAGUUGAAAUAUCUCCUGAACAAUUGUGUGGUGCUUCCAUGCAUGCAGAGCAAUUAGCGUCAGAGUUAAAAAGGCCUAUGAGAGUAGUAGGAUGGUAUCAUUCGCAUCCUCACAUUACAGUUUGGCCUAGCCAUGUAGAUAUAAGAACUCAAGCAACAUACCAAAUGAUGGAUUCUUUGUUUGUUGGUUUAAUAUUUUCUGUCUACCAAAACGAUCCUAGAGUAAGAAGCAAUCAGGUUCAGUUGACUUGCUUUCAGGCAUAUCAAGAGCCAGGUGGUUCAGAAUUGGAAAGACGUGAAGUACCAUUAAUAAUUGAAAACACACCAUUACACCUAUAUAACUUAGAAGGUAUUGCCAAUUUACCCAAAAUUCUAAUACAAGAAGAAGUGGAAAGUCAUAGCGUAAAAGAUAGCGAAACAAAAGAUCCAAUUGCUCGUUUGCAUAAUGAGGCAUUCAAGACGCUGGCUUUGGGCCAUAUAGUAUCCAAAGUUUCGAGACCAAUGUGCGACGACUUAGUAGAAAGACUAAACGCUACCAAAUUAAGAAUUAAGGAACUAGAAACCAUUAAGCAAGAUCUAUUAUCACAAAGAAGCUAAAAGGGAUAUUCGUUUUCUAACUAUAAACAAUCAUUUUAUGUAAUUUAAAACAUAUUUGUUAAAAACCUAAUUAAGAAUAUCAGUAAUCACUAAAAUAUAUAUUAUAAAGUGAUUUUUUGUUA